GUAACACAGUCAUGGAAGAGGACACCCACCCACUCACAAGUCCAUCCGGUGUCAAUAUGAAGGUGAAGAAGGAACUACGAAGCAGGGCAGGCCGUUAGUCAGCGAGGUCACGGCGUCCCAGAUAAAUCUCACCAGUUCAUAGUCAUUAGAGUCAAUAUUCGGCUUCGUAUCCGUGUUUGCCCGUGGCCACUUGGUGCAGCCUCGAACCAGUCUCCUGUGUUAGCAGAAAGUUGGGAAAGCAGAAAGUUUGGCAGAUGUCUAGAGAGCUACAUUGCUGUGUGUGUGUAAGAGACAGAGAGGUGGGUGUGUUGUAAGAAGCUACACGACGGUUUUUUGUGGAUUGUUAUUGAGAAAAAAAUAGUUGUAGGCUGAGGUUGUGUGUGUACAGACGUCUUUCACAGGUUUAGAAGGCGGUGUUUGUGCAGUGUACUUCAUGGAAAGACGCUGUGCACUGUUGCUGUGUGUAAGCAAGUCCUUUCACAACCAAGGAAAAAAAAAAGAUUUAUACAAAAGACUCGAGGCAAAAUGUGUUGGACAAUGUAAACCGGAAUUAAAAGCCAUAGUGAACAGGAAAGAACCUAGGUGCCAUGAGACAUAUCCUGAUACAUAGCCAAGUUGUAUAAACUCGCUAGAAGGUUGACAGAUUGUGGUGUCCUAUAUGUUAGAAAACCUUUACGUGUUAGUGUCUCGGAGUUCAGGACUUGGUAGAAAGAGGAGGAACAGUUGAUGUCUAGUUGUCGUGAUUGUGGUGGAGGGAACAAAUACAGGACAGUACUGAUAUUUAUAACACGACUCAGAGCCAAGGAGUGAGACAACCCUUAUUAGUCAGGACAUGUCAGUGAAAGCUGAAUUUCCUGGUAGCGUUCACUUACGCAUUCCAUUAUCCUCAUCUAACAGUUCCACAUCCCAUGCCCUGUGAUCUGUUCCUUGCCACCUCUCUUUAUCCUUCUCAGAUUCACUCCCUCUGUUUUCACCUCCACCACUUCUGAGCUCCUCUCAUCUCUUCUACUCAACUCUUCGUCUUCAAAACCUCCUGCCAAGAUCUUUCGUCCAUGUUUUCCCACCAUUUGUACCUCCCAGAGCAACCUCUUCUUAGUCAUGCUGAACCCCAAAACUCUUGCCUGCCAGACCCUCAGCAGAAGGCUCCCCACCACCGCAGGGAGAAGACCAACCACCACGGGAAGUCCCUCAAAAGCUCUAACUCAAAGAACCAGGGUCAGUUUCAUGUCGAAAGAGAGGAUUUCGAUACUGGGGGGAGUUUACGGUACCAGGCCCCAGCAGGAGGAGAGGAGAGGUACCAGUGUAUCGCCAGGAGCCACCAAUACUCAGGCGUCAAGGGCAGUGACCAGGCGGGGGACCAGCACCAGGUGCCUGACCUCCACCACCCUGACCUUUACUGCCAGAAGAACCUGUUUCCCUCUGGCAGGAAGUCCUCUCAGGAGAACAGCUUCAACUAUUUAGGUGGCACAAUGUACUCCCCAUGUGCUAAUGAGGGUUUAGGACGACACCUGAGUGGAGCCUUCUGGUCAGGUAGAGGCCCGGUAUGUCGUCCAAGGUUUUGGAAGUUUUUCCUACUGGUGGUAGUGCUGUUGAUGAUGGCACAGUUCUCCCUCAAUGUCCUCCUCUACCGCAAUUAUGAUUCUCUCUUCUACGUCAAUGUUACGUCCACUGAGGCAUUGUCGUCCUUUGAAUCUAAAGUAAAAUGGGUGAGCUCUAAGUUACCAUGGUCACAUUCCAUCUCAGAGAAGCCAGGUGGUGUAGCCCAGUCGCCUGACCUAGACACCAACCGUAUUCGCAAACCUUUACCAGAUGGACAGAGGACGACGCCGAGUACAUUGAAAAUUGAUAUAGAUGUAAAGAAUUUGACAGGUGUAGAAAAAGUGGACCCAAAAAAUUUGACUUCCACAAAUGAAGCAAUAAAUGAAGAAGGGAAGAAAAUAAACCCUCUUCAUUCACCUCUAAAUGACACAAAGAGGAGGAAAUCUGAAACAAGUGACACAGUUAACAGUGAGAAACUUGCAUUGAAGGCUGCAGUAGAGAUUUCCAGUGCAGGUGAUGAAAAGAAAGAUACUGAACAAUCAAAAAUACCUCAUGUUGAUGCUGAGGUAAAGACACUGGUGAAUGUCAGCAGCAGUGGUGUUGGUGUGGAGAAGAAGAAAGUACUCCUGAGUAAAGAGAAGCCACUUUGUCCUCCUGUGCCACCCAAACUAGUGGGUGCACUUAAGGUCCUCCGUACAGCACCGAGUCUUCAAGAACAGGAAGGCAGCCACCCAGAACUGGAGCCCGGGGGCCGCUUCAGACCAGCUGAGUGUAGAGCUCGCCACCGAGUUGCCAUCAUCAUCCCAUACAGAGACAGAAUAAAGCACUUGUCUGUUUUCCUCUAUCAUUUGCACCCAAUACUUCAGCGUCAACAAAUUGAUUAUGCGAUCUAUGUGGUAGAACAGGCAGGUAAUGGGAAGUUUAACCGAGCAAUGAUAAUGAAUGUGGGAGCCCUGGAGGCCCUCAAGCAGUACCAAUACGACUGCUUCAUCUUCCACGAUGUUGAUUUGCUUCCAGAGGACGAUCGUAAUCUUUACACUUGUCCUGAGCAGCCACGGCACAUGUCCGUAGCCAUUGACAGUAUGCAUUACAGGUUGCCUUAUAAUGAUAUAUUUGGUGGAGUGAGUGCCAUGACAGUAGAACAAUUUCGAACUGUUAAUGGCUUUAGCAACAAGUUCUGGGGUUGGGGAGGAGAAGAUGAUGACAUGUCAAACAGGAUAAAAUACCAUGGCUUCUACAUAUCUCGUUAUCCAGCGAACAUUGGCCGCUACACUAUGUUAUCUCACAGGAAGGAUGACCCCAAUCCUAGAAGGUACCAGUACUUAUACGAUGGGAAGAAGAGAUUUAAAACAGAUGGCGUCAAUAGUGCCAAAUACCGAGCGUUAGAUGUUCAGCUACGUCGACUCUACACCUGGGUUUACGUAGACCUUUAUCCCUCAUGAUCUUGCCUGUUCUUCCUUGUGUGAUUGUUAUUUGCAGGUAAAAUACCACUGGUAGUGCUUGCUCAUCUCACAUGUGUGUAUAUGUGUGCACGUGUGUGUGUGUGUGUGUGCGUGCAUGUGUGCGUGUGUGUAGUACAUGUAAUAAUAAUAAUAAUAAUAAUAAGUGUGUGCACUUGUGUGUGUGCAUGUGUGUGUAUGUACAUGUGUGUGCAUGUGUCUGUGUGUGCGUGCAAGUGUGUGUGUGUGAAAUAUUUUGUAUAUGCAAGUGCAAAGUGCAAAUAAAAUGUGAUCAUUGGAAUAAGUCUGUGACCUGGUGAUUUAUUUAUAAGUAUGGAUGUGAUAAAGUGUUGGUCAUCCAUUACCUCCAAUCUAGUUAAUCUCUGUUAAGUGUAAGUCAAGGGAAUAUCAGUGAAUCAACUUUGAAGUGCUUUAUGAGUGACUUGUUCACCACUUUUAUAUGUUCCAUUAUUAACUUAUAUGGUAAAGUUUUUCUGAAUACAAAGAUAUAAAUUAUUUACUAUGUGUAGUUUUCUUGCUAUAAAAUGUUAACCAUAUGAAGUAUUUAGAAGACUGCAGAAUAAGUGCAAUAUCAAUAUAAUUCUUGUUUUGUAAGUUGUGUGUGAGGUAUCAUUAGCCUUCCAUUCAUAGUUGUAGUCACUAGACUGCACUGGGAGCACACCAUCGUGUGCUUCUGUAUUAAGAUGAACCUUUAACUCUGGGCCAUCUGAAUGUGUAUACUCACUCCUAUUUUGUCAAGGUGUGUGUGUGUUCUCAACAAGAUGAGAUUUUAUAUGAUUAAAACUUUUAUGUAUUUGUAAAUCUCAGACAUGACUGAAUUUACUGGUUAAUGAGGAAGAAAAUGAAAUUCAGGAUCUUUUUCUCUUGGCUUUUGUACUUUUAUUUCAAUUGAUUUAUCUUGUCUGUGAUACUGUUAUAUAAGAAUUUUCAACAGUUUACACCAGCCAUAAGAAAUCAUCACAAAUAUUUUAUAAUAAUGAUACUGUACAGUAUAUGGAAAUCAUACAUCUAGAAAUUUGAUUACAGGUUAUUCAUAUUUUUACAUAGUGAAUUAAAAAAUAAAUGUAAUGUGUUUGAAAAUGGGGUGGGUAAUAGUUUAUAUUGAAUACUAAUCAGUAACUUUGGAUUAUAGGAUAGUUGGAGAUAGUGAGGUCCUGGCAGUAAGGAAUAGACCAAAGCUUUCUUAUCUCUUGAAGAGUUGAAUGGCAUAUUGUGUUCGCUGUCUGUCAUCUCAAUUUCUUCAAGGGCUGAGAACUCAAGAGUAAGAGUAGCAUAUUAAACAUUUGUUCCAAUAACACUCUUAAGCAUAGACUGUGGUAAUAUUUUAAAGAAUUAAUGUGUUAAAAAUAUAAACAGUGACUACAAUAAUAUGUAAUGCAUUUUGUUGCUGUAUCACUGUAAAGUAAUUUCUGCUGUAGUGCAUUAAAUAUAUAACACCAGAGAUAUUGUUGCAGGAACAAUUUAAAUAUCUGCAACUCUGACAGAUUAACUUUUUGCUUCUAUGAUACUUUAAAUCCCUACUACACUCACUAAACAUUUACCAUAGGUGCUAUAUAAACAUGAGCUACAGUACAGUAACACUUAAAACAAUAUUUAUAAAAAACAAGCAUUUAAAUCAACAAUAUUUUAGACAUUUAGAGCAGCAGUAACCCAAAACAUUUGCAACAAUAACACUUCAAAGAAUUUUUAUAGUAACACUUUUAACAGAUGUAUCAUUAAUGCCCUCAAUAUUUUCAGCAAGAACUCUUUAAAACAUUUGAAGCAGUGACACUUAAGUAAGAUACAGUACAGUAGAAUAAAUUACAGAAAAGUAGAAUUAGAGUAAAUUAUAAUAGAGGGGGAUUAGAGUAAGAGUGAAUUAACAAUAUGGUAGGUAUUUAGAGUGACUAAAUUAUCUUAGAGUAGGGGAAGAGUGAAGUAAAAUAUAGUUGAGUAGGAGUAGAGAGAAUUACAGUAGAGUUUUGAUUGCAGUAUCGUGAGAAGAAGGAUCAACCAUAGGUGAGGUUAUAAUAGAUCCCUUUACAAAACACAAUAAUUAAUUCCUUAUACAAAAUAGUACACACAUAUUCCUCCUCCUCCUCCUAGAUAUAUUUUACUACAUACUGUACUAAAAAAAUGGGAUUACUUGAAGGUUAGAUCCCCCAGCUCAUUUCACCAGAAGGUUAACCACCCCAAUGUUAAACUAAACUUAUCUUUACCCAGUCUGAUGAUUAAGGUGGUUAAUCAUCAGGUGAAAUAAACUAGAGUAUCUUAUCUUCAGGUGAUCCUAAGAAUGAGAUACUAUUGGAGAUUUGGGACAAUUUCCUCUGCGUAAUAGGGAUAGUUUGCAAAUACACGCACAAAUAUUUAGUCUCUUUAUUUUUAUACCAUGCUUGUGGUGUACACCCAACCUAACUUUAACCCAACCCAGUCUUACAAUAUUUGCACAUUUACCCAGUAGGUCACAUAAGUCCAGGUUUUCCAGUUUCAAUAAAUGACAGACAAUACACUGUAACCCAUUUGCUUAUUCUCUUCUUUAGUCUGUCGAUUGGUCUUCCACCUCUGCAUAUAUUUUCUUUUGGUUUCUCUCUAAAUCAUAUACCAAUUGUAACUACAGUUUUCUUCACUUUUCUUCUUGUUAUUGUCUUUAUGCCUUUUUCUCUCCAUCAUUUCUCCGGUGAUUUAUCUCCAAGUCAGGUACGGUGUUUGUUUUUCACUGCCACUUCUAAAUCAUGUGUCAACAUUGCACUGUCACUAUGUUGAAAUGCACUGUAGUUUGAGCUUUUCCCCAUCUAGUUAUUAUAUAUCUUAUUUGUAUCACUUAUGUCACUUGUAUAUUAUUUGUAAUUCGAAACCCAUU